GACAUCCUUAAGAGAACAACAAGAGACACGAAGAAAAUGUUACUGUGUGUUAUAUUCAUCACUGCAGAAGCUGAACAAAGUGAACGAAAAGUAAAGUGAAGGGAUGGUUUUGUAUAGAAGGGAAAUAUGCAACUAUAGGCCAUUAGGAAGAUGCAUCCAGUAAAUGUAAUGAAGAUUAAUGUUAUCUUUAACCCAACUAAGUAUUUUUUAUAUGGAAGUACUUUCGCAGAAAUAUACCUCAGAAAUUUUCCUUGCUAAAAUUGUGUUCUGUAGUCCAUACUCUGCUGGUUUUUUUUUUUUUGUAUUUUUUCUGAAAGUCAUGCAGCCAAACAGAUCUUUGCUGGCAUAUUGAAGACUCACGGAGAGAAGCGAGGAGCAGGAAGGAUAAGAUGGGAAAAAUUAUGAGAUGAGGAACUGCAGACUGAUGGAAGAGCUGACCUGCUUUUGGGUUGGAUAUUAGGAAAAACUUAUUAUCCAAAAGAGUGGUGAUGCAUUGGCACAGGCUGCCCAGGGAGGUGGUAGAGUCACCGUCCCUGGAGGUGUUGAAGAACUGUGGAGAUGUGGCAAGGAAUGAGGAGUGCCUGGCUACUUUUCCAGUCAAUAUCUACUGCUCUACACAGCAUCCAGGAGAAUUUGCAGGUGAGAAUCCACGUAUCCUGAAAUAAAGCAGGAAAAAAAUGCUGAGAAAGGAAUCUCGCCUUUGAGAAAAGAAAGACAGAAACAUUCCCUCUCCCUACUUUUCGGAGUUCCCCUACAAACAUCUUCUUUUGCCAGUUAUUUUUUGCUCUGCAAAUCAUCGUUUUGUUCGGUCUUGCAGAACUGGCAGAUUUCAGACUGUCUGGUUCUGUUCCACCAGCCCCAGGAGGAAUGGAUUUGUGAGCCUAUCUAAGACCAACUCAGCUGCCAGCAAAAGCAGGUGCUCUCCCUUUACCAGUGCUCCAGAGGAAAUAUUUAGGAAUGGAAAACCUGAUGUUUGUCUACUGCUCCUGCAAAGUUAUCUGGACGCUGCUUGUAACAAUUCUAGGCUAUGCCAGCAGCUUGCCUCUGGGUGAUGACUCUAUUUGCACAGCAGAGGAACUUGCAAAGUACAGUAUAAUCUUCACAGGGAAAUGGAGUCAGACUGCCUUCCCCAAACAGUAUCCGCUUUAUAGGCCCCCAGCACAGUGGUCAUCAAUGCUAGGUGUUACUCAUAGUUCUGACUACAGCAUGUGGAAAAAAAAUGAAUAUGCCAGCAAUGGUGUACGUGAUUUUGCUGAAAAGGGUGAGGCAUGGGUAUUAAUGAAAGAAAUAGAAGAAGCUGGAGAGAAAAUUCAGAGUGUGCAUGGAAUCUUCUCUGCUCCUGCCAUUUCCAGUGGCACAGGACAAACCUCCACUGAAUUACAAGUGCAUUCAAGACAUCCAUUAGUUUCAUUUGUUGUACGAAUUGUGCCAAGUCCUGACUGGUUUGUGGGUAUUGACAGCCUAAACCUCUGUGAAGGGGACCACUGGAUGGAAGAAAUAUCAGUAGAUCUAUAUCCAUAUGAUGCUGGAACCGACAGUGGCUUCACAUUUUCCUCCCCAAACUUUGCCACUAUUCCACAAGACACAGUUACAGAGAUCACUUGUUCCUCUCCAAGCCACCCAGCAAACUCAUUUUAUUAUCCCAAACUCAAAAUUUUGCCACCUAUUGCUCAAGUAACGAUGGUGAAAUUGAAGAAAAACCAGCUGGGUUUUCCUAUACCUCAUCUUAACCAGCCAGCUAAAAGCAAUGAAAUACUUGACACAUUCUCAGAAACACCACUGGACUGUGAAGUUUCACAAUGGUCUUCCUGGGGUCUCUGCAGAGGUCCUUGCAGAAAAAUGGGGACCAAGAUCAGAACUCGUUUUGUAGUUCUUCACCCUGCUAAUGACGGAACGCCUUGUCCAAGUCUGGAAGAAGAAACAGAAUGUGAACCAGAUAAUUGUGUCUGAAAUAAAGAAAAGAUAAUAAUUUAGAUAAUUUAAAAGUAAGAUAAGUGUAACUAAAUCUAAACUACAUGUCAUUCAGUGUUCCUUAUAAUUCAGGUAUGCCACACUAUUUUGCUGAAAAAAUAUAUUAGACUGGUUUUGAAAGUUGCUGUUUAGUAUCAAGACUUUGGGGUGUUGCAUUCUUAAGGUUUAGUAUGACAACAGUACUCCGUAAUUUACAGAUUAGAAAACCCAAAUAAAUCUCUGUUAUACACUCUAAGUUCUUGGAGUACCCUCUAGUGGCAGAAAAGAAGACAUUUGGAAAGAUUUUGCUUCACAAGUGAAAACCAUUCAACCAAAAAAUCUUAACUAAUAACAUUCUUAAAUAUUGUAAUUUGUUGAUUUGCAACUAUUUAUACCUAGACAUUAAUUUUUUUCUCUAAAUUAUGUAUAUUAUAAUUUAUUGGCUAUUUUGUUGUCUUUCUAAACAUGUUUUACUCGCCUUUCGUCAGAAACUCCUUCUAUAAAUCAGAGUGACCAGAUGUUUGCAGCAUGCUUAAGACAAUAACAUGACUGAGUAAACUUGCCUUGAAACUUAUGAAUACACAAAAAUGUGUUUUUUUCCCCCUCGAAAGUGAGAAGAAUAUCUACCACGAGGAUACCCAGCUAACAAAAUUACUAGAAACAAAACAGAAGUUUGGAUUGUAGUAGAAAAACUCUGAACUUAACUUUAAAAGGUUAACUGAGAUCUGAGACCUGACUGAUGGUUGGUGGGUGCCCCUAAUGAGGCAACUGUCUGAAAAAUAGUUGCUAAGACAUUAACGCUGUUGGCUGUAACAUAAAUUAUAUCAUUCUCUCUGUGUACGCAGUAAAUGUGUUUCUUUAAA